GCAACCUGGAUAUUCGGACAGAAACAGCGAGCAACAGCGGGCAGUACCUCCAUCAUGGCGCAUAAUACAACAUUGGCGUUUAGUUGAACUAUCUCUCGCGCUGGCCGGAACUUUAAUUUGCUGCAUUCAACAGACGGAGAUUCAAACAAAAGCCGCUUGUGAGAGGAUGCUAUUUUAAUUUAAACUCCACCACCGGCGAAGAGCAACGUCGAUAAUGUCCCGAUCCACGAGUGGAACCUCUUCACAUCCCACUCCUGGCUCCUUGCCCAAAUCUUAUCCAAACCAUUCUCAGCUCUGAUAUCCCCAAAGAAACAAUGCACCCUCAAGCAUUCCCUAAAAUGGCGUGCCAUGUACACGUUUGAACUGCUCGUGGUCUUCAAGCAUGUAGCUUGAAGAAGGGAGUUCGUUUUAGGAGGGAUACCGGGGAACGUAACGAACCGUCCCAUCUGUCCACAUGAAUCCGUAUAAGGACUGUAAAACGGCAAUCGUAUCAAUCACGAACUUGAAUGUCAAAACCAAAUCGGUUUAGAUAAAAAUCGUCAACCAAAAGCGAAGGUAGAAUAAUCAUAUUUUCUGGGUCAGUUCUCCAUUGCGGCACAUCUGGGUGGCGCUCUUCAUAGAGACACGUAUCGGCAUGGGGAAAGACAUAGAUUUUUGCAUUCGCUUUGUAUCGUCUGCAGGCCAGUUGGAAGAACAUACAGGUUCGAUGGUAUAAACGGGUUUGAUGUCUUUUGAGGGAAAAACCUGUAGUGCAAUCGGCGUCGUUGACCAUACAAAUCUAAGGACAUAUGAUGGUUUUUCGCAUACCUCUUUACCUGACAUCCAAACCUGUAACGUUUCUGGAGUAGUGUUCGUCCAAUAUUGAUCAAACAUGCGAUAUGUCUCCAAGGUAUAGUUUCCAGGUGCCCAGGUCUUCGGCUCCGUCCAACUGAUAGGCUUUUCUGCCAUUUUAGUUGGCAAAUACUGUAAGACGUCUACCUCUUUGAUGGCGCAAUUGUAAAUCUCAGGUGGAUGCGUGAUUGUACCAUUGACCAAAAUGCUGAGCCACCUAGCGACAUCAGCCCGUCCCAAGUUGUGUCUUGCAGUGUUCAGGCCUAUAUGUCAUGAGCAUUGACGGAUUCUGAGGUAGCAAGUAGAUCAACUGGCCUAUGAAGAGGUUACCAGGUCUUACCAGGUUCUUGUAGAAGAUGAAUGUGUCCCAACCCUCGCGUAUCGCUUUUUCAGAGAGAAUGUGGGUGUUGGUGCCGUCGAAGCGAAUAUCUAUGGUCGUCGGCAUGUAAGACAGUAGUUGAACAAGAACGGACGAGUUGCUACCAGUCAAUCCGAGAGAUUAUCAGCUGGAGGAUGAGAUGACACGAUCGACGUGCUCGGGGCAUUCUCUAGUGGGGCCUGAAGCCUGAAGCUUGAAGCUUGAAGGCCUGAGGGUUGAAAGCAUGUGUGGGAGAGUUGUGGGCGCAGAGUCAGUACGCGGCAUCUGCAAAUAGGCGCUGCAAAAUACUAAGCGGGUGCUUCCUUCACCUCUUCUCACAUCUUUUCUGCCCACGAUGGAAUUUGUGCCAGCACCUCCAGUGCAUCGAGUGUUGUGCGCAGAUUGCGGCACUCCGAUCGUUCCCAAUUCAGCAAACCUAUGUGUAUCUUGCCUUCGAAAUACCGUCGACGUGACAGAAGGAAUCCCGAAACAAAGUUCUAUUUCGUAUUGUCGAAACUGUGAACGGUUCUUGACCCCGCCCCAUGCAUGGGUGAUCGCUAGACCAGAAUCUUCAGAACUGCUCGCAAUCUGUCUGAAAAAACUCAAGGGGCUCACCAAAGUACGGUUAACGGAUGCCCAUUUUAUCUGGACAGAACCUCAUUCAAAGAGGCUCCGGGUGUCGGUCACGGUUCAAAAAGAGGUGCUCAUAAAUACGAUAUUAGAACAAACUUUCGAGAUCGAGUACCUCGUUCAGUAUGGUCAAUGUCCCGACUGCGCGAAGCUCGCCGCAAAAAAUACCUGGAGGGCUCUUGUGCAAGUGCGACAAAAGGUUCCGCACAAGAGGACGUUUUUGUUCCUGGAACAACUCAUUCUCAAGCAUAACGUCCAGAAGGAUACAAUAUCGGUGAAAGAAGUGAGGGAUGGCCUAGAUUUCUUCUAUAGUUCGAGAAGUCAUGCGAUAAAGAUGGUGGAGUUUCUAAAUAGUGUCGUUCCAGUCCGCUCAAAAUCUUCCGAGCAACUAUUAUCUACGGACACACACUCGAACACGGCGAAUUUCAAGUACACUUAUUCUGUGGAGAUCGCACCGAUCUGCAAAGAUGAUCUCGUUUGUAUUCCUCGGCAGCUUGCAAAACAGCUCUCCAGCAUUUCUCCGUUAACCGUCUGCACCCGAGUGGGCAAUUCACUUUCGUUGGUCGAUCCGGCUUCACUUCAACACGCCGAAAUUACCGCAGCCAUAUACUGGCGCACACCCUUCGAGUGCUUGGCUACGGUGGGCGAUCUGGUGGAAUUUAUGGUCCUCGACAUUGAACCCGACUACGCUCGCUCCAAGGGGAGGCAUAUCUUAGCUGAUGCUCAAGUUGCGUUGGCGGGGGCCUUUAGAUCGACAGGGAACGCACACGACGACAACGCGAUGGAUUACGAAGGCGUUGGGAUCAGUAAUCAAAUUUUCCAUACUCGCACUCAUUUGGGGGGUAUUCUACAACCGGGCGAUACUGCUCUUGGAUACCUCCUCACCAAUGCCAAUUUCAAUUCAGACGAAUUUUCGGCCAUAGAAAGUGGUCGAAUACCCGACGUAAUAUUGGUGAAAAAGACUUACCCCAAUAGACGGAAAAAGAAAUUGGCGAGAAAUUGGCGAUUGCGUAGUAUCGGCAAAGAGGCUGGUGAGGAAGGCGAGACAGGUGGUGGUCGGGGAGUGGUGGGUAGGAUGGGGGGACGUGAUCAAAAGAAGGUUGAGGAGGAUUAUGAACUGUUCCUUCGCGAUUUGGAAGAAGAUCCUGAGCUGAGGAGUGCGGUGAACUUGUAUAAAGCGCCUGUGGAUGUCAAGAUGAAAUCAGAAAAUGUCAAGGGAGGCCGGAAAAAGCAGUAUUCCAUGGAUGUGGAUGGAAAUCCUCCUGUGGAGAGUGAGGAAGAAGUGGAUUUCCCUGAAGUACAGCUUGACGAGUUGCUUGAAGGGUUUGACGAAAUGACACUUGGGAAUGAAGAGGUGGCAGAACAGCUCUGAAUUUAGCAAAGUGUUAGAUGCACGUCUGGCGAUGUAACGGGUCGAUUAUCAAGAAUAAUUUUAAUUGAAUGAUACAUACAAC